AUGUCAACUUUCAACGGACGUGAUUGAGAGCGUCCUGCGACCACAAACAAAGUCUUUCAUUGCCAUUGUUAAAAAAGACUGGGGGUUGUCAUAGUCGGAUCUCAUGAAUCAAUGUUGGAUUUAUAUUUCAAGAAGACGUUUUCCUCUGGAGGAGUGUUAAGAGGAAUACUUUUCUUCAGGAGGAAAUACUAAACGUCGCCUUAGUCUGCACUUCUCUGGAAUUCAAGGAAUCGCAAGAAUUUAACACGAUUAAGGACUUUUCUAUAACUUCAACGUAUGUGAUGUAACUUUACAUAAAACUAUAACACGCAACGUAUGACUUGUUGCGUUUGGCAACUAGAACAUGUUUCUGUUCUUUAUUAAAAAACGGUGAAAGUCCCUAACGCUUUCCUCACAAGUCUAUGAAAGUUUUGCUGCUGUAUUUUACUCCGCUUUUUAAACUCUGAGGGCGGCCCAUAAGGGCUUGGUCCACUUCAAUCAUGAACAUGCCAAGAUGCUCUGGAGUGUGCGCUAUGAUGAGACUUCUAGCGCUGUUUAUGCAACUUUUAUCAACUACAGCAAACAGACACGUUAUAUACUGGAACUCUACGAAUACGAGGUUAACUGGGGAUGAUUACUCUGUCCAGGUCAAUCUGAAUGAUUAUCUGGAUAUACUGUGUCCCCACUACCCUGCCAGCCACCCGUCCACCGGCCCCGUUGAGACUCUUGCUCUAUACCUGGUGGCUGAGGGCCAGUUCAGAGGCUGUGUGGAGACUAAAGAGGCCAUUAAGAGAUGGGAGUGUAACCAGCCGUACGCUCCCUACGGCCCUGUCAGAUUCUCAGAGAAGAUCCAGCGCUUCACACCCUUCUCCCUGGGUUUCGAAUUCCUGCCCGGACAUCACUACUACUAUAGCUCACUAUCGACGGAUGAUGGACCCCCCCUCCUUUGUAUGAAGCUACGAGUGACUGUGUGUUGUCCGCCCACAACCACUGGACGUUCACGACAAGAAGACAAAGAGGGACCAUCUGACAGCGGUGCUUUUCAUCCAUGGACAGGAAAAGAAAGAAGUGCUUCCUGUGCUACAUUUGUGGAUCAUUUAGGACUGGGCUUCUCUUCAUGUUGUUGGUGUGGACAUUUUGUGACUAUCUAUAAAGUGUGAAGGUAGUUUUAUAAACUAUUUGUUAAACUGGGUGCUUAACACCUUUCGGAAAACAUGACCAAUUUCCCACUAUUUGUUUUUCAUUUAUAUAUGUUUUUAAACCUUUUUGAUACGCUUUCCUUAUUGUGUGUACCUGAAUUCUGUUUUUGGUUUUACUAAAUGAGGGAAUAUAUAGUUUUUAAUGUUUAAAAAAAUGAUUUGUGGUUUUCUAGUAUGAAAUAGUUUGUGGAUGAUAGCAGAGAAAACCAUAUGCUGAGUAUUGUUUAAAAUAUGUUUUUUUAUUUUAAAUUAUUAGUAUAGAACAAAGAUUAUUGAAUAAAUAAAUAAUUCUUAUUUCCAGGAUAUUAGUAUUUGAGGAUUCAAGAAAAUGUUUAUAUCAAUUGGUUUAAUGCCUAAAAAUAUAUUCAAUACUUUUUCCUUAUAAUUUGACGUUAACUACCCCCUUUAUUGAAUGUUUAGAUUCUAAAAUAUAUAUAUAUUUCCUAUUAAUUUCAGAUAUGCAAAUAACAGGUGCCAAAAGCAAGUUGUUUACGGUGUUUUUUUUCAUAUGUAAUGACAAUUUCUUUGUAUUUGGGUGUUUUACAUUUUUGUGAAGUUGUCAAGCAUCUUCUGUGAAGAUCUCCUGUCUAAGCCAUUUUUAAAAUGAGCUUUAAAAAUAAAUAUAAAUGUACAAACUUUUUUCAUAGUAUAAGUAAUUUAGGAAACAUGUUUGUAUUUCAGUUUUUUUUAAAAUCUGAAUUCUUUGUAAUUGAGAAGUCCAAGGACAUUUUAUGAACAGUAAAAAAAGAUCUAUAAUAAAAUAGAAUAUUUAACAUU